AUGGAAAAUUCAACGCAAAACUGGCCAGUUACAAUUUUAGUACGUGUUAUGAAGCGGACCACCGGUGGUUUAGGAAUUGUAGUGCGACCAAGGAUACCAAACAAAGGAAUAGCGAUUAACGAACUUAUUCGCGGUGGAGAGGCGGACAAAACAGGAUUUUUGAGACCAGGAGAUGUUAUCCUCCGAGUGAAUGACAAAGAACUAAGUGAUCUGUCCUACGAUGAAUGUUUGCAAGUGCUCCAGGAUCUGCCGAAUGAGGAAGAAGUUAGUAUUUUGGUACGUGCUUUAGAAGGGUACACCACCAAGUUAGUAACGACGUUCGACGAAGGAGGCUCAGCUCGUACAACUCGGAUCAUGGCUCCAAUACCGAAUUGCAACUCACCAAUUCCUCAUCUUAGAAGAGAGUCUAUUUCGGAAGAUAAAAUCAGGAAACUUAGAGCCACUCUUGGACAAAGCAAUUUGGCCAAUCCUCAGCAGGAACUUAUGCCAAAAUUUGAUACUGAAGGAAGAAACUUUUCCAGCUUGGUACCAAACGCAAGACACAAUGGACCAGGAAAUAGGAAUCAGACUUCACCGGAAAGGCCAGCCACAUUAUCAGCAAA